CUCGCUCACUUGGCGAAUUCGAGAUGUGACAGUCUUGUGAAUUUUCCGCAAACCAAUUCAGCACUCGAAUGUGUGAUUGAUAAACCAAGUCCUGGUGACUUCGGCUCACCUUGAGUCUGUCCGGCACCAUGGCGACCAGCCGGGAGGAGCGCAUGUACGGGCGGCUGCGUGGAGCACAGCGCCAUCAAGUCGAGGACAUCUCCUUCGGCAUUUUCCCUCUCGAUGAGGCGGAGGAGCCGGCCCAGGAGCCGGGCCUGGGGCCCGAACCGGCUCCGCUUCCGGCGGGGUCCCCGACCUUGGGUACCAAUCGGGAGCUUCCCCCUUCUUCACCUGAGGUGGAAGAAGCUCCUGCGGCGGAGCAUGCCGUCCCAUCCGGCACGCCGACGCCGCCGGCGUCGCGAAACGUCACCGUGGCCUCGUCCUCUCGGAAGCGGGGCAAUCUCUACGACAUGCCGGACAACACGGAGGACGAGGUGAGCCAGCACAGCGCCCGCAGGCUGUCGGCCCGGCGGAUCACGCACCAGCCCCCGUCUGACGGCUAUGACGAGGUGACGGAGAGCCCCGUCGGGGCGCCCGGGAGCGGCCACCGGCGGCGCGUGCGCAUCAGCGCCGCCGCCAGCCAGACGGCCUCGGUCUCGCUCCAGGAGGUGCUGCUGGCCGAGGCAGAGCCGGAGCACGUCGUCGCUUCGUCGUCGCCCCUGGAGCGCAAGACGAGGAGGGCGCGGUCCUCGCUCGGCACUGCUUCGACGCGGCUCAGCGCGGGCUCGGACACCGCCGCUACGAGCGCCACUGCCGCAGCUGCUGCCCCUUCUGUUUCGGGCGCCAGACUGAGCGCGCGGCUCUCUCAGGCCUCCUCGGCCGUCCGUAGCGGCGAGGUGGAGGAAUCCCCGGAAGUGGCCAGCGGCCCGGGCCAGGCAAUUCCCUCGAAUGAUACCAUCGUCGAUAAUGUCGACGAGCUAUCCCCCGGAAACCCCGCCGGUGCUAGCAGCGUUGUAGAGUCCUCGCCAGCCGCUCGCGCUCUUGAGAAAAGGCGGGCUUCUGCGGGCCUGGCAGCCACGAGGACUAUGGCGAGGAGGGGCAGACAGAACGCAAGGCCACCGAGCGUUGACAUGGAUAUCGAUGAGCUGUCUCCAAAGCAACCAAGCGCGUCCGACAAGCCGGCUGAGCGAGGUUCUUUGAGUGCCAGGGCAUCUCUUGCACUGGCUGAGAUCCCGGAGGAAGCCGACGAAGUGGAAGAAGCCCAGACCCCAAGCAGGGUCGAGGCCUCGGAUGAUAUAUCAGAACAGAACGAGGAGUCACCAGGCGAGGCUGAGGAGGUCGACGAUCAGGAAGCAGCUCGGAAGCUUGGUAGGAAGCGACUGCGGAGAAGCUUCCCUGCACCAUCCCCUGAGCUGGGCUCGGCCGCCGAGGAGACGGUCCCACGGCCUCCCAAGCGCCGACGGGGUGCCCCAGUCUCGAGCCCAUCGAGGCAAAAUCAACCACCAAGACCACAGCGCGCGGCGGCAGAGAAGCAGGCGUCGAAGUUGAAGCAGCCACCCAAACAGAAAGAGCUGCCAAAGCAGAAAGAACAGCCGAAGCAGAAGGAGCCGCCGCCGAAGCAAAAGGGGCCGCCGAGACAGAGGGCCAAAAAAAAGACGGCACCCCCUCCUCUGGACAGCGGCCCGGAGGUCGAGGUGUCGGGCGAGCCCAUCUCGGUGCCCGUCCAGCGCUUCACCAGGUUCAGGGGCGCCGGCGGGGACGAGUCGGACGAGGACGAGCUCGUGUCCGGCAUCCCGUUCGCGAGCCGCGACGGCGUCACCUCGGUCGACAUCCUGAGGCAGCUUUGCGAAGAGGUCACGGUGGGCGUGCUGCGCACGCUCAGGGAGAAGGCAGGCGAGGCAGAGGAUGCGGCGACCAGGCGGGAGCUCAAGACCAAGAUCAGGGCGCUGGAGGCCUUCAGGGAGGAGCUGAGGACGAAGCUGAUUGAGCAUACGAUCGCUUUGGAUAGCCUCCACAUGCUCAAGAAGCGGCUGCGUGCAAGCCAAAAAGAGAAACGCAGCCUCCGCGAUGAGAUCCUCCGGCUGCGGGCUGAACGGGAUCAGGUCGCGCUGCGCAUGGACGCGCUCAGGUUGAGGCACGGGAGUGAAGCGCAAAAGGUUUUGAGGAAUAUACAGAUAUCGUCGGCGAUGCACGACAUCGAGCUGGCGGUGGACGAGGGUCGCUCGGCCCCGGAACUGUCGGCUGCCGACAAGAAAAGGGCAGAGCUGGAGAACCUCGAGCUCCUCAUGCACAGGGUUGGCGGCCAGCUGUGCGCCGGCGGCCCAGGGACCGGCGUGCUCGACCAGGUCAAGAGCUUCAACGCCUACUUGGAGAGGGCCGCCGCGGCCCUCCAGGCGAGGUAGAUUGGAUUGUCUGCCAUUUUGUCAGGGACACUUAGUGGGUUUGUCGCCAGAUUUGCACUAGAUAUGGUUGCGUUGCGUUUGUUCAUUCGGCGGCGGUUUGUCACAGCAUUUGGGAUGGUUGGCUUGAAUCGAGAAGGACUCGAUGGGAGGCGGUAUCGGGCGCACUCCACUGUUGCCCUAACCACCUGCCUGAUAUCACCAGGGUGGGUGGGAAGUUGGUCAUAAUAGGUUUAUAUGGUACACGGUGGUCAUCAGAUCGAACGGGUGUGUAGGGAUAAUCGCGCCCCCAUGGUCGUCUCCACGCUGCAACCCCUGGCGCGGGACAAACAGUGCGGCAUUGGCAAACGCAAAAGGAAUAAAAAAGGACAUCAUGAGGAGGAGCCGCCACCACCAGGGCCCUUGAACGCGCCCGAGACCUUGUCGAGUAUCGUCUCCUUGCCCUGCAGUUUCCGCAGCUCCCUCUCCC